CCGUGUCAGUCCUACAGCCAUUGUUCUUGUUAGAUCAGGUAAUGGUACUUACGUUAAGGCUAGAUCUUUGCUGGAUACCGGCGCGGCUUGCUCCAUAGUAAAGAAAUCAUUUGCAGAUGAAGUAGGUUUGCACCAACAGUUUAAUGGUACUAAUAUAUUUGGAAUCGGUGAUCAAAAGGUCAAUGUCCCGGGACAAUAGCAAAGGUAGUAUUCAGGCCGGUAGGAAAAAUAGUUCCGAUAAUUAGCGUUAUAGCUACAGUUAUGUAUACAGUUACUGGGAAUAUUCCAUAUGUAAAUGCAUACCUCAAGGGUCACUUAGAUGCGACGCAGCUCAAGUUGGCAGACCCAAAGUUUGAUGUAUCUCAAGAUGUAGAUAUCAUUUUUGGACUGGAUAUACUCAAUUAUAUAUAUACAGGCUCAAAGAUUCUCACUAACAUUCCAGGUGUGGAGGCCUAUGGAACGUGCUUUGGCCAUGUACUGAUGGGUGCUUUGUGGAAGCAUCCCGCUGACAUCUCAACGAAGCAGCUGAGAGGGACGUCCGUCGAGGACUAUGGAGUCCAUGCGACACGCCUCGAGGAGGUACUUGAGAAGUUCUGGAAGGUCGAGCAGCCUCCAGAGGAUCCGGUGGAGCAUCCGGAGCAUGUCGAAUGUGAAAGACGACACCAGUUUGUCUUCACGGCCGACAUCCGCAUGAUGUUCAGGCAGACGUGGAUACACCCCGACGAUAGGCGCUAUCAGCUGAUCCUGUGGCGUGAGGAUCCGUCGCAGGACCUACAGGUAUAUGAGUUAAAUACUAAUACCUACGGGCUACGGUCAAGCCCCUUUGUCGCAAUAAGGACGCUAAUACAAUUAGCCAAUGAUUGGCAAGCUCAGCAUCCAGGCUCCCCAGCUGCAGACGUCGUGCGACGGCAGGUAUAUGUUGAUGACGUACUGGCGGGAGCAGAGUCAAUUGCGGAGGCCCAGCAGCUAAAAUCGGAGCUCACAGAUCUCAUGAGCAGUGCUGGGUAUGAACUUAGAAAAUGGUCGUCCAACUGUCGCGAGUUACUGCAGGACCUACCACAGGAAUAUUGUGAGAUACCUCAUCAUUUCGACGCAGAAGAUAAGAGCCUCAUAAAGGUAUUAGGCAUCCAAUGGAACCCGAUAAACGACACAAUGUCAUAUCAAAUCAACGUACCCCUAGGGCAAGCGAUAACCAAGCGAAGCGUGUUAAGUACUAUCGCUCGAUUAUAUGAUCCUUGCGGAUACUGUGCUCCCAUCGUCUACAGAUUCAAACUGUUUAUGCAAUCACUUUUUUCAGAUGGAAUGACGUGGGAUGAACCCCUCACGGAGGUUCAAGAAAGUCAAUGGAACGAAAUGGUUCAGGAUUUAAACCAUUUGUCUCACUUACAGAUCUCUCGAUGCGUCGCGCUACCGGGAUCGGUAUCAUAUUCACUCCACGGUUUUGGAGAUGCGUCUGAGAUGGGCUACGGAGCGUGCGUAUACCUCCGGACAGCAGACGCCGCUGGAAACGUCAUGGUACGACUAAUUAUAGCUAAGACUAGAGUUGCGUCGAAAAAGACCAAGCAAACCAUUCCAAAGAAUGAGCUAAACGCGGCUCAUAUGGUUUAUAAAUUGCUGAAUCACGCCGCAGCGGCCUAUGAAGAUGAACUUGAUAUUGACAGCAUAAAUGCAUGGUCCGAUAGCAAGAUAACGUUGUGUUGGUUAAACACUAAGCCACACCUGCUCCAAACAUUUGAAUGUAAUAGAGUACAAGACAUUCAACAGUCGAAGCGACUAAUGACAUGGCGCUAUGUCCGGGGUGAGUUGAACCCGGCCGACGUCGCGUCGCGGGGAACCACAGCGAAAAGGCUCCUCAAGUGCAAGCUGUGGUGGUCACCAGACUGGCUACUCGAGGAGGAAUCUCAGUGGCCAACGAUGCCAGUUACCAUGUCACCUGAGCUGCCAGGGUUCAAACAAUUGGUACAUGUCGUCGCUGAAGAGCAGUCAUGGGAAGACUGCCUACUAUCCAGAGUGAGCUCUUAUAGUAAGCUCAUAAAUGUAACGUCAUACAUUUUACGGUUUUGCAAGAAUAUUCGUUUGCCGAAGCAGCAACGAAACUUGAACCAGACCCUGUCUAUAGAUGAAACUCGUGCCGCUACGAGCCACUGGAUCAAGAAGGUCCAGUUGGAUGCAUACAAGGAUGAGGCCAUCUUACUGAAAAAAGGAAAAUUAGUAUGCAAGUCUCUCCAGAAAUUAAGCGUCUUCGUAGAUGAAGACCAGUUUAUUCGAGUCGGCGGCCGACUCCGUAAUUCAAGCCUGCGCUAUGAAGCGAAGCACCCAUUGCUUAUUCCGAAGGAUCAUAGAUGGACUCAGUUGUUGAUGCAACAUUAUCACCGAAUACAUUGUCACGCAUCGACAAGUGCGCUGAUUAAUAUAUUGAGACAGCGGUAUUGGAUCCCGUCAGCGAGACGUCAGGUUGCUCGCGUCAUCCACAGCUGUACCCCAUGCUUCAGGUUCAGCGCGACCGAGCAGGCGCCGUUCAUGGCCGACCUGCCCGCCGACCGUGUCACGGCCGCGCGUCCAUUUUCCGGCGUUGCAACGGAUUUUGCUGGCCCUUAUCUGGUUAAGGCCAGCCAACUUAGGAAUGCUAAAUCAGUUAAAGCUUACCUGUGUGUUUUUGUAUGCCUAGGUACCAAGGCAGUGCAUCUAGAGCUCGUCUCGUCGCUGAGCACCGAGGCUUUCAUCGCUGCGUUCACACGGUUUGUCAGUCGACGAGGGCUGCCCUCCCUCGUCCGUAGUGAUCAAGGUACGAAUUUUAAAGGUGCUAGCUCAUACCUCCGUGAGGUUAAUCAGUUCUUACUUGACCAUGAAACCGUCCUGGCGGAUGAGUUUCGUCGUCAAGACGUGCGCUGGGAAUUCAACCCUCCAGGCGCUGCCCACAUGUCUGGAUUAGUCGAAGCGGCCGUAAAGAGUAGUAAGAAUCUGCUUAAACGGGAAAUAGGAGAUCGGAUCCUAACCUUUGAAUUACUGUAUACGGCCUUCUGUCGGAUAGAAGCGGUUCUUAAUUCUCGAGCGCUGGUUCCAAUGUCAGAGGAUCCUUGUGACCUGGAAAUUCUCAGUCCAGGUCAUUUUUUGAUUGGUCAGCCGUUAGUUUCAUUACCUGAACCUUCAUGGAAGGACACAAAUAUGUCACGGUUAUCACAUUUCCAAUUUGUACAAGCUAUAACUCAGAAAUUUUGGGCUAAAUAUUAUUUUGAGUAUUUGAACAAUUUACAAUCACGUAAUAAAUGGAAUAGGCAUGUACCUAAUGUUGCAAUUAAUGAUUUAGUCCUAAUUAAAGAUGACAAUACGCCACCUCUACAAUGGCGUAGGGGUAGAGUAAUACAAAUAUUCAAAGGAUCCGACGAUGUUGUCAGAUCGGUAAAAUUAAAAACUCAGGGAGGCGAACUCGUUCGUCCUGUUGUUAAAUUAUGUAAAUUGCCCAUGGAACUGUAAUUAAUCAUAAGGAGUAAUUCAUUAUAAAUGUAAAUUGAAAUAUUGCUACUAACGUAUGUCUGUUUGAGUUCCACCAGGGAACCAUUGUAACUAACAACCUAGUAAAUAGUUUACCUUAAGUUUAAUUUCACUGAUGUAAAACUUGUGUGAAGAUGUAUCUAAUGGUCACAGAUCACUUCUUGCUAGAUGCCACAUGUAGUAUUUGUAUCUGAAUUUUUAAUUUGUUUGUUUUGUUCACUUGAUCUCUAGAACGAGACAAUUGAACAGCUUCAAGUCUUCAGGUCAAUCUCCCCCCUGGGGGCCCCAGGAUGUUCAUGCAAUUCGAAGCGCAAUGGCGUUCCGCGCGCCAUCUAGCGAGGCUAGUUGUAACUACGACGUAUCGAGCGACAUCAUUGGUCGUGAUUCAGUAUUGGCUAAUAUAGCAGUGAGUGCUGCCUCUCGCGGCGAGAGUUGAAGUUUGGAGUUGACCUGUGAGCUUGUAAGAACAAGCACGGUAAAAAUGCGUUGAGAACGAUUUGUAUAAGUUUGCUGUUUUUGUAUCGCGACGCGCGUUAAAAUAGUGUCUAAGGUGUAACUCGUUGCAUUAAAAUAAGUGUUAGUUGA